AUGAGAAUAUUUAAAACUCCUGUCGUAUACUGUAAUUUUAUAUUCAUACUAGUUUCUGGUCAUGUUACAUCUGAUUAUGAUGCUCCUCAGGAAAUAACUUUUUACCAUGACAUAGAAAAUGGUGAAGAAGAAGCAUGGAUUCUGAGGGAUAAAGUUAAAUUCCACAGUAUUAAUACUGGCAGUGUGGAUAUUCCACAACAACAACAACUUUUGGAAGAAAUAGUAAAUAAAGCCAAGGAAUCCAAUGCAGGAUUGUAUAGAUUAAAAUCAGUUGUGAAGACAUCAAAGAAAAAAGAAUAUGUCUUUUAUUCAUUCAUGAAAAUGGAUACCUUAAUUAAAGCUGGAUUUUUAACUUCAACAAUUGUUCAUUUGGACCAGAGUGGAUCUGUAAUUUGUGUUAAACUAUAUCCUAAGAAAAUAAAUAGGUCACCAUCAGUGAACAGAAAUAAUUCAACAGUAACAUUUAAAGGUUCAGAACAAGGCCCAGUGCCUGAUUUAACUUCCUAUGUUCUUAAACUUGAGCAUGAACGUGCAGCAAAAGAAAAACUAGCAGGUCAAGAUAAUCGUUCAUUUCUGUCUAAAUAUUGGAUGUACAUUGUUCCUCUUGUAAUAUUUGUUAUCUUGUCUGGAUCAAAUGGAGAUCCAGGAGCAUCUAAUCAGCAACAGAGUCGAUAA